GACAGAUGCUAAAUCUUGGAGUGAUGCUGAAAAUAAUUGCAAAGCAUUUGGUGGAUAUUUAAUGUCCAUUCAUGAUCAGUAUGAACAAGCAUUUAUUGCUAGCCAGUUGAGUUUAUCAAAUGGAAUGAAUUUCUGGAUUGGUUUGAGUGACAGUGCAACCCCAGGAACAUACAAAUGGUCAGAUGGUACAUCAGUCACCUACACAAACUGGGCACAAGGUCAACCAGAUGACAGUGCCGGACUCUGUGUUUCCAUCACGUCUGGAGACUCUGCCGGCUUCUGGAUUGAUGCAAGUUGUGCACUUGGCCUGCCCUUUAUUUGCGAAAAGAGUCGACUUGGUUACACUCGCCCACCUUUUACAAAUCCACCAAUUGUAACACAGCCAAAUGAUCGUUCUUGUGCUACAGGAUGGAUUGGCUAUGGAAGUUCCUGCUACAUGCCGAAUGAGGUACAAUCAUCUAGAGAUCGUCUUACAUGGUUGGAUGCCAGACAAGCUUGCUUAAGUAUGGGAGGUGAUCUUGCUAGUUUCCACAGUGCAGCGGAGGAGGCAUACAUACUAAGUAGAUUCACUCCUAUAGAUCAAGAAAAUGCAUACUGGCUGGGCUACUGGAUUGGGCUCAACGAUCAAGUCAUUGAGGGAGGUUUUGAAUGGAGUGAUAAUACACCUGUUGACUAUACAAAUUGGGGAGAUGGUGAGCCAAAUGACAGUGGAUCUGAAGAAUGCGUUGAGAUGUUUUAUGACGGACAACGAGGCUGGAACGACAUCGAUUGCUCAACUCCCCGCAACUGGGUUUGUAAAAUCGAUAAAGGUGUGACGCCUGUAACACCAACACGAGAUCCUGGUGCAG